UUCCCGGCCCCUCCCGGGCGCUGGGCGAGACCCUGCGCGCAGUGGGCGCGGCCAGCGAGGGGCGCAAGAGGCGAGAGUCAGGGGUCCGCCGACCCGCACCCCACGGGUUGGCGCAGACGUGGAGCCCUGCGCCUGACGACCUCGCUCUUGUGCGGGGCGGGCGAGUGCAGAGGGCGGGUUCUGCCGCCGCGCCCCCUCCCCAGCUGCGCGCAGUCGUCCCCGAGGGCCGAGGUCGCGUGCUGCUCGGCCCUGCAGCCCCCUGCGAGCGCCGCGCCGGGGACCCCGCCUGCGCCUGAGCUGCGGUGAGCCCUGAACCAGCCUGUCAUCUGCCAACUGACUGCUGCUUCCGCCAGCCUGCGUCCCUUACCUGGGCCUGUCGCUGUGGCACCUCUCAGCAGGGGCCAGAGAAUGAAAGAGGGCAUGUCCAAUAACAGUACCACUAGUAUCUCCCAGGCCCGGAAGGCUGUGGAGCAGCUGAAGAUGGAGGCCUGCAUGGACCGGGUGAAGGUGUCCCAGGCAGCGGCAGACCUCCUGGCAUACUGUGAAGCCCACGUGCGGGAGGACCCCCUCAUCAUCCCAGUGCCCGCAUCGGAGAACCCCUUCCGGGAGAAGAAGUUCUUCUGUACCAUCCUCUGAGGCCUUCAGUGAUGGACCAUCUCCUUUCCCGUAGAAACCCCCCGUAAAGACAGUGCAUGCUUUUAGGCUAGGGAGCCCCCGUGGCUGGGCUCAAUUCAUUUUUUCAUUCUGUUUGUCUUGUUACUGAAUUUUUUUUUCAUUUUUAUGUUAUUUUCAUUCAUAGCAAAGAAAAUACUCAUUUUUGUAGCCAAAUAACAAAUGUGCCAUGUAAAAAUAAGUAUGGGUUUAAGAGUUUACAGUUUUUAAACAUCAGUUCUCAAGUUUAAUUGUAUCAAGUGUCAGUGGAUAAUUUACUGAAAUGAAAAAUUGUGCUCAGAUAGCCUCAUUGACAGCAAUUCUGGGGCUAGAGAUAUAGCUCAGCGGCAUAAGCGCCUGCCUGGCAAGCACAAGGUCCUGAGUUCGAUUCCCAGUACAAAAAACAAAAGAAAACAAAAAAGACAGCAAUUCUGUGCCCAGUGACAGCUUAGGGACCAGCCAAAACGUGUAGAUAAGGUUCCAUCCAGCAGUCCUAGGAGGCCCCAUGUGUGACGUUUCUAUCACCCUAUGAAAAAUGACUAGUCUACAGGAUGGAAACAGUACAGGACCCUCUGGGGCGCCAGAAGCGUGGCCCCUACCCUCUAGGAACAGACUAAAGUAUCACAGCUCAAGGCAUGCUCCCCACUAGUCUGAGCCUUGAUGUGUUAACCUGUUUAACCCUCCAACAAUAAGUGCAUGGGUAUAGUCCUGUUUUAGAGAGGGGGAUACUGAGGCACAGGGCAAUGAUACAGUUUGCCCAAAGUUAUAUAGAGUAAGCAAGAAAGCAGGCAGUCUGACUCCAGAGCCUUUCCUGGACCUCUGAGCUGGGGUACCUUCCAGGUACCUGACUGCAGGUAGUUACACCUGCAAACAAUCUUAACUACACAUUGGGAAGCAAAUAUGUUUGUGACACUGGCCAAAGCUGUUCAACGGCGUGCUUCUCUACCUACCUUUGCCAGGAGGGAACUUGGUGAACCCAUUUACUAAGUCUCUAGAUGCCUCAAGGAAGGGCUAGGCCUAUGCAUUAGCUCUUACAUUUAGAUGUUUGCAUUCCUGCCUAGGCCGCUCUCCUGCCACCUUGAUGAAGUCAUAGGACAGAGGGCUCUGCGUCCAAGUUUGUUCUGUUCCAUCUGUUAGGAAACUGCCUCUCCCCCGGUUCUGCCAGAGGCUUGCUGUGUACUAUAGCACAAGCCAUUGUGUGCCUGAGCUGUUCCACCCUGCAAACUGGGGACAAUGGUAAUUGCUCCUUCCACCUUUCUGUCUGGAAGGAAGUUGAGGGAAGCUCUGAUUAUCAUUUAAACAAACACAUGAACUAAAUGCCAAGCUAUAAUGUAGGAAGGAAUGUAUGGCUUCAAAGAUAGUGCUUCACUUGGGUAAAGAAUAUAAACUUGCCAACAAAGAGACAAGUGUAAUUUUCAGAUCAGUUAAUGACUUGCUGGCCUGACGGACAGUUUUACAUAUUGCCAUGCCUAGCUGUUUUGCUGGAAGCAUCUGCAGUUUCAUGGGCGCUCACUGAUGCGACCCAAUUCAGUCAGGGUCUGCUGUAUGCUUGCACUGCAGCAGAACUGGGUACUGCAUAAGCUGAUACAACUUCCAAUCCUUCUGUGGUUUGGGUUGUGACCAGGAUCUCCUUAUUUUGGGUCUCCAUCAUUGUCACUAACCUGCUAAUACGAAGCACAGUCCAUGAAAGCACAUCAGUCUGUUGUAGAUUGUUCCACCUAAACUCAAGUUUCCACCUUAGGUCAAGUUCAUGGGCCUGGCCUGUGAGAUAUGUGUUCCCCUGAUCACUGAGGUUCAAUGAAGCGAACCUGCCUUGUGGGCUGCCUGCAUUGAACAGUUGUUAUUUUGUGUUUUCAUCUCGGUGUUCACCAUUUGCCCAUCCUGCCUCUAGGGGCGCUAUAACGCAUUUAUAUAAUGAUAUAAUGCAUUAAGUGCAGUGUGGUGCCUGCUUCCCACUGUGAAAGCUGAAGCACGAAGGUGUCCCUAUCUCUCAGACACCCACUUUCCAGCUUGAUUCUUUCUGUAGGCAAGUGGUCAGGAAUCCAGGCAGACUACUUGGACCUCCUGCUUGGUGCUGUGAGCCUAGAGCAGGUAACCCAGAAACAAAGGAUGCUAAAAACCAUUUCAUGGAAGCCCCAGUGGCCCAGGGUGGCACUGUGCAGCAGGGGAGGUGUCUAGAGAUGGUGGGCUACAGGAAGGGUGUGUCUGCUGGUAAGGGUGUCCAAGGAUGGGAUGGCAGAGCCCUUUGAAGACCAUUCUGGCCCCACUGAGCAAGCUGUCCCUCCUGUCUUCUGUAGCUCCCUUCUAGCUUUCUGUUAAUCCUUUGGCCUCCAAGCUCCACCAAGUAAAUUCUUUAUUCUUCCAUGAAAUUGCCUGAAUUAAACAUAGAUACCAUAUGACCUAAUGCUUCCACCCUAGGUGUGGACCCCACAGAAGUGUGCCCAUGUAUUCAUCAAAAGAAAUGUGCUAGAGUGUUCAUAGCCACACUGUUAUAAUAACCCUAACCUGGAAAGUACCCAAAUGCCCAUGAGGAUAGUCACAGGAGAAAUCCCAUGCAGCCAUGAUAAUGAAUAGUCUGCACAUCCCCAUAAUAGCGCACCCAGUGAGGUGAGGCAAGUAGGGACCCAGGUUACUCCUAAGGGGACAGUAACCCAAGGGAAAGCCUGGUGCAGUUUCCAGAAUGUUCCAUUCCUUGAUCUAGUUACCUGUCAUCUGAUGCAUUCAGAUUGUGACAAUUCUCUCAGCUGUAUACUUUCAGGUUGGGUGCUUGUCUAUAUGUUCUACUUCAAUAAAAAGCUGAGUUUGUGGCUACCAAUCCUGAA